AUGGCGCCCCAGCUGCCACCGCAACCUGCGGCACCAGCGGGACCGCCACCCCGAAAGACUGCGUACGAUAGCGCUCCAGUGGAGAGCGCAUACGCCUCACAGGGUACAUAUGGAGGCAGCAUGGGGCAACAAGCGGCGCCGUCGAGCGUUCCUCCGUCGAUGACCGCCGCGUACAAUGUCGCGGCGCAAGUCGCCGCCGGUAACAUGGGAGCGCCGCCACCACCGCCGAGCGGUGGAGGGUAUCACGCUCCUCACGCAGCGCCGAUGACGCCGCCAUCGCCACAAGCGCCGCCAAUGAUGCCUGCCAUGAUGGUGCCAUCGCCCAUGCAGUCGCAUCAGAACGCGCCACCGCAGGCGCCACCGACAUCGCGUGCGCCACCACCGCCACCGCCGCAAGCUGUCGCUCCCACGGCGUCGUUCGAUCCCACACCUGCGGCGCCGCCGCCCUCGAUUCCGCAACGCGUCGAGCAACCGGCAUAUGGGACGGCCCCAUCUGCGCCUCCACCGUCAAUGCAAGCCUACGGGGCACCACCGCCGAUGCAGGGCAUGGCGCCGACGCCGCCGUCGAUGCCGUCGACGUUCGCGCCGCCGCCUCCUGCCCAACAGCAACCGCAGGUGCAAGCUCCGACACCGCCGCCGCCCGCGCCGGCGAAACCACAGCCUCCCACGGACUGUCGCAUGGAGACGGUGGACACCUCCAAAGUGUCAGCGGAGCUCACGCACGUCGUUCAAGCGCUCCGCGCGCUAUACGACGCGUGCGCCACCGCUGCUGCGAAUCAUCCCGCCAAGCGGAAGGAAAUGGAUGACAGCUCGAAGCGUCUCGGUGUGCUCCUCUGGAAGCUUGCCUCGGCGGAGGUCUCCGACUCGGUCGUCACCAAGCUCAAAUCGCUCGCCCAAGCUCUCGACGCGUUCGACUUCGCCGCGGCGCAGCAGACGCAAAUGCAGCUCACGACGGGGGACUGGGACGAGUGCAGUGCUUGGCUCACCGCGCUCAAGCGGCUCACCAAAUUCCGCGCCACGCUCCCGUAG